AUGGCAGCGCCGACAGUGAAGGUGUACGGUCCACCCAUGUCGACCGCCGUGUCGAGGGUCUUGGCCUGUCUCAUCGAGAAAGACGUUCAAUUCCAACUCAUUCCCGUCAACAUGUCCAAAGGGGAACACAAGAGCCCUGAUUACCUCAAGAUCCACCCUUUUGGACAAGUACCGGCAUUUCAGGAUGGCGAUCACAUUUCCCUCUUCGAGUCCAGAGCUAUAUGCCGCUACGUAUGCGAGAAAUUCGGGGAGAAAGGGAACAAGGAACUGUACGGAAGGAACCCUUUGGCGAAGGCCUCCAUAGAUCAAUGGCUGGAGGCAGAAGGGCAGAACUUCAACCCACCUUCCUCCACUCUGGUGUUCCAGCUCGCAUUCGCUCCCCGAAUGAAGAUCAAGCAAGACGAGGGUGCCAUCAAGCAGAACAAAGAAAAGCUCGCGAAAGUGCUCGAUGUCUACGAUAAGAGGCUUGGAGAGAGCCGUUUCCUGGCAGGGGAAGACUUCUCUCUCGCCGAUCUUUCCCAUCUUCCCAACAUCCACUACCUGGUCGCCGCCCCCGACGCUGCUCCUCUCUUCACUUCCCCCAACGUCGCCAGGUGGUGGGACGAGAUCUCCUCCCGUGACUCCUGGAAACAAGUCGUUGACUUGCAGCGAGGUGCCUGA